AUGCGGCGCUGGGUCUCCCUCGGCGGAUGGUGUGGCCCCGGUCUCAUGCUUUCCAAGUUAGGAAUUCGUCCCGUUGAAGAACAACUACCAUUUGACAUGGCGCGGUGCAGCUUUGACGGUCUCAUGGAAUUCACUCAGAAAGGUUUUGAUAGCGGCUUCUUUCCGGGCUCUCUGCAGCAGCGGCCCUUUACUCCCGAUCCGGCCUCCAUAUGGCUGCUUUUCCGAGGCCAGCACACCUGUAUUACACACUUUGAUAUUAACUCAGAUAAGGUUAUACAGGAAUUUUUGCGGCGAUUUGAUAGCUGGGAAAAGAUGAUUACGUGUCCCACUCGUCCAGUAACAUUUUUGCGUACUUGCAUAGCUGAAAAUUCAAGCGACGAAGUGGAACUGCUGCCCCAAUGGCACGCAUUACUGCGGGAAAAAAGCGGAGGAAAGCUUGAUUUCCGCACUGUGAUGGUGGUGCAUGAUCAAGGACCCACCACAGAGCCGGUGGCAUCGUUUUCUGGAAAAGAUGCUGCAGGGUUUCCUUGUGUGGUGUGGAACCUUGCUUUUGACAAGCAACUCCCCGUGGAGUCCUCACUGUUCGAUAAAUGUCACGACGGUUAUGCGCAGAUUAUUCACGAAAUGAAUACGGAGGCGGCCUGGCGUUUGAGAACUUUGCCACUGCGUCUUGCUGUACCAAAGCCGUAUAAGGCUCUCUGUUGUGUGGAAGGUGUUCCAGCGUUUCGUGGCUCAUGUACUGGGUUUGGUACGACACAUGCUGCGGCCCUGGGACGUUGCCUCUAUUGUGGUUCUACAGACGGACAUGAGGUGGUUCGUGAUGCUUUUGACAGCGGGAAACCCUGGGACGCCGUAGAGGACACGGUGCUGCUCACUAAAUGGGUCACACAUAACGGAGACGAGGUGGCUGCUGUAGAGGCAACAGCACUGGAGCUGAAACGUGGUGCUAACGAGGUUCUGCUUCGUUUGCGGAAGCUUCUUUGCGACUGA